AAGGAAAACAAAUAAAAUAAAAAGUAUGUCGGACACAAUUGCAAAGGUCAUUUACGGUACUCUUCUGCUGGCGUUAAUUAUUCAUACGCCGAAGGUAUCCAUACUGAUUACGUUGGACGCGAAUCGGUCUCAUCAGUUCCAUGCUGCCAUCAAGGGCUUCCGGAAGAGCAUUCUGCUUGCGGCACUGUUCACCAUGCUGGCAGUGCUGCCCAUUCAAGAAUUCAAUGGCAUUAUCAAGCCUGGCAAGAAGUUGUUUGUGCUCCUCGUGAUGCCCUGGGUAUCCACCUGUUGCCUGAUGUUCGUGACCAACUCGUUACUAUUGUUAAAGAUCACGGAACGGACCCUGGUCUUGAGCUCUUGGCACUGCUUCGCCAAGGCCCUGAUGGUCUACUGCAUUCUGUUCGGAUUCGCCACCGAGCAGAUAAUGCACUGGUAUUCCAUUUAUCAUCUCCAUGAUUGCAAUCACUCCAUCGAGGAGAAAUAUCCACCCGUCUAAGCUGGAAGGAUGUGAAUGGAGUUGCAACGUUCUCAGCUGCAUCCUCAGACUCUUCUAUGCAAAAUUGACUAUAGCUACACAAACAUUUGAUUUAAGCUAGGGCAAUAAUUCAAUUGAUCCAAGCAUGACCAAACCGAUAAAAAUAUUGUUUGUGGUUCGUUUCACGGCUCCUGCAAUUGGUUCGCUUCAAAGAUGAAUUAUUAAUAUAUAAUAAAGAACAUUAUUUUAUCAACAUGAA